AUCGAAAACAAUGUCAAAAUAACAAAUUUCUACCCCAGGGCUUCUCUAAAAUAAACCGUAAAUCUAAUAAAAUCAAUUGUAAUUAGUUUGCAAAAAUGAUUUAAAAACUUGGUUUAGAGUGCUUUCCAAUCAUUAACAAUGCGUAACGGGAGAUAGCUUUGGUUUAUACGAUGCAUCGGUGCAGCUUGAUGUCCUGACAGGUAGACGAAAAAGGGAAACAAAGCGAAAUAAUUGUGUUGAGUGCGAUAGGAUCGGUUGAAAGAUAAUGUAUUCCAAGUCUUACGAGACGACCAAGGACUCGUUCCUGGAGCAGGCGAAGGCAGCUCGCGAAGAGCGCGCGUUCGAGAAGAAACGAGAGCAGUCUGCUACCAGGAUCCAAGCAGUUGUCAGAGGAUGGCUCGAAAGAAAAAAAUUUGUCAUACGUAUACUAAACGAUUUCGACGAGCUCCUCCCUGAGACAUCAAACCAAGGCUCACAGGAUGAGCCCCCCCAGCCAGUGGAACUGAUUCCAGCAUUAGAAGUCUACCGGGUGACAUGCAGGCUGUUUCUGGUGUUCAAACAGCAAAGAGACCGCAAGAGAUUUGAAAACCUCUGCAGAUAUAUUGUUCAGAGCUUACACUCAGAGUCUGUUAAACUGUCUUAUGUAGGAGUCUUCCUGAAUAAAGAGUACAGUCUCCGCUGGAUAGCUCAUAUCAAAGAUCUCCUGUACAAAUGCUGCCAGUACCUCGAGGAGCUGAAGCCAGAGUCUCCAAUAGACAUGCAGAGCAUCCUCAUCCACCUUCACACACUAGUAGCGUUCACUGCCAACAAUACUUGGGCGCUCACUCGGUUGAAGAAUUUUGAGAAGCUCAGGGGUGGGAUGACUCAGUUGUGUGCUAAUGUCAUGGGAUCACUCUUCCAUAAAGGAUAUUAUUUAACUCUGAAGUCUCUGCUACUCCGCGGGCUAUGUCGUGAGAAGGUAUACCUGAAGAACGUUUCCCUGACUGCUAUAGUGACCUUGUCACUGCGACCCCUGGUGUCUGCCCAGUUCUCGGAGAAGCUGCUCACUAUGUACAUCAUACAGAUCCUGUCUGUACCCACCCUUGUGUACCACAUGCAGCUUAUAUCUCCUGAAUCGAUGUCGUCAUACCGGUCGUACUCAAUGUUCGACAAGUGCCUGGAGUUCCUGAGCACAGACCAGAACAUGCGCAUUGUGUUCAACACGUUGGAGGGCAACUACGCGCUGUGUCUGCUCGCCAACCUCGUGCAGAUGGCGCACUGCGAGCGGGACCAUGCACAGCCGGAGACGUACCAUCCUACGUUUGUUUUGGUGGUAACACGGUUCCUGGACUCGUGUCAACAAUACGUGGUCUGCAAGAAAGGCAACUUGAGCAACUGGCACCCUAUCCUCGGCUGGUUUUCGCAAGGUUUGGACAACUUCCUGCCCCCAGCUAUGGGGAACUUGCGGAACCAACUGUCUUUGUUAUGGGCAGCUCCGUUAUUGAAGAAGUUAUUGGCUACACCGCUGAAGGACAUGAUAGAUGCAGGAGUGACUGGGGAGGAGGGCGCAGGACCCUCGCAGCCUUCUACUCCGGUACAGAGUAACAAUCCUGCUGCUAUCAUUAGAAGGGCUAUCGAGGCUAGAACUAACAGAUCUAACGCAAACAAACACUAUAGGAAGUUAGGUUCGCCGGACUGCACGAAGACGGCGCUCAUAUGUUCCAUGUACCACACGGCGCUGCAGACUAUGACGCAGGUCAAACUUGAUAUACUUACAGGGUUAUGUAAUCAAGAUGAAAUAUUGUAUUCGUUAUGGCAAUUUUUGUGUACACUGGGACCAAACUGUGGGCUGAAAUCAUUCUUAGAUCUCUUAGCUGUUAAUACGAAGACGUCUGCGCCGGAGUUCCAAAUGUUGAUACUCUUCGCAGACUGCAUGACGCAUUAUGUUACGAUAUUGGACGACAUGGAGAUGUACGAGCAACAGAACCCGUUCAAGUUGCAAGACUUUAUCAACAUGUCGCAGUUCCUCAACAUGUUUGUCUACAAGUCCAUUAUGGGACAAUUGUUUGAUCUCAAAACCAUCCAAAGCAACGAGUUGUUCAGUUCGCUGCACACGUUGCUGCUGGUGCUGUACCGGCGCGACUGUCGGCGCGCCUACACGCCCGCCGGCCACUGGCUCGUGCGGGACAUACGCGAGGGACAGUUCAUGGCCGACCUCGAGAAGGGGAAGAAGCCGCAACAAGUACUGGUACAAAAGACGCCUCAUAUGAUUGCACACGGGGAACGUGUCAGAUUGUUCAGACGCGCUGUCGCUGAUGAAAAGGUGGUGCUGGGCCUGACGGAGCGCGCGUGCGGCGGGCGGUCGACGCUGGUGACGGUGCGGCGCGCGCGCCUGGUGGAGGACGGGUACCGCCAGCUGGCCGCGCUGCCCAGUCGCGCGCUCAAGGGCUGCGUGCGGGUACGGUUCAUCAACGAACAGGGGCUGGACGAGGCGGGCAUCGACCAGGAUGGAGUUUUUAAAGAAUUCCUAGAAGAAACGAUAAAGCGUGUGUUCGAUCCGUCGCUGAACUUGUUCCGCGUGACGAGUGAGGAGCGACUGUACCCGUCGCCCACCUCGUGUCUGCAGGACAACCAUCUACAACUGUUCGAGUUCAUUGGGAGGAUGCUGGGCAAAGCUGUUUAUGAGGGUAUAGUAGUGGACGUGCCGUUCGCGUCGUUCUUCCUGAGCCAAGUACUGGGACAGACCCAGCAGGCGCUGUACUCAUGGAUCGACGAGCUGCCCUCGCUCGACAGGGACCUCUACCGCAGUCUUACGUACAUCAAACAUUUCCAAGGCGAUAUAUCUUCGUUGGAACUUACGUUCUCAGUGGACGAAGAGAGGCUCGGGGAAAUAGUCACUCACGAAUUAGUUCCUGGCGGGAAGGCAGUGCCCGUCACUAAUGAAAACAAAAUAAACUACAUUCACUUGAUGGCGCACUUCAGAAUGCACACUCAGAUCAAGGACCAAACUAACGCCUUCAUCAAAGGAUUCAGAACUAUCAUCAACCCAGAGUGGUUGUCACUGUUCUCCACACCUGAGUUACAACGUCUGAUCAGCGGCGACAACGUGCCCCUGGACCUGCGCGACCUGCGUCGUCACACGCAGUACUACGGCGGGUUCCACGACUCACAUCGCGUCGUCUGCUGGCUCUGGGAUGUAUUGCAACGGGACUUCUCGGAACAUGAACGCGGCAUGUUCCUCAAGUUCGUGACGUCAUGCUCCAAGCCCCCAGUGCUUGGGUUUGCCCACCUCAAGCCGCCAUUCUCGAUCCGAUGCGUUGAAGUUGGAGACGACGAAGACACUGGAGAUACAAUAGGUAGCGUGAUCCGAGGCUUCUUCACAAUUAGAAAGAAGGAUCCACUGAACCGUCUGCCAACAUCGUCGACCUGUUUCAACCUCCUCAAGCUGCCAAACUAUCAGAAACGAAGCACCCUCCGUGACAAACUACGUUACGCCGUCAAUAGCAACACCGGCUUUGAACUGUCCUAAUGCAGAGAACACGAAAGAUCAUUACUAACAUGUGAACGAUGAUUACUCGAUGUCUUAUUCCAUGGUUUAGUAACAGGUAUGGCAUUCUGAGACAUUAAUCCAAAGAACUUGCGCUACUACAGCGGUAUGGCAACUUUUGGUAGUUUUCCUCACUUUGGUGUAGAAAAACAAUCCAAUGUUGCCAGUAAUUUCUACCAAUUUAUAAUUUUAUCUGUGCCAAAUCGAUAAAUUAUCGUAAUAUAUUUUUUAAUAUGAUUUUAGAUAGAAUUUUUAUUUUAUAUGGACAGAAAAAAUGAAGAUAAAAUAACAUUUAUCAAUGCAAAAGAUAAUUUACUAUUCAGUAAGCAAUAAAAUCAUUGAUGGAAUCUGUGUCUCGGAAUGCUAAACUUUGUAUAUCGUGGUCUGAACUGUGUUGUUGGAUAUUCUAAAUCGAAGGAGAACUCCUUAUGUGGUCUAUUUACGAGAAUUUUAUUGAGGCAUCAUUCCAUUGUUACAUAUUUUAUAUUAGGUACUAUGUAAUGAUAAUAUUAUUGAUCAAGUAAGAUCAUUUAUAGAAACUAGAACUACUCAAUAGAGUUUGAGAUUAAUAUUAAGAUUAGUGUUGCUAGAUGGAAAAUUGAUAAAGUUGCCUUAUAUUUUCAGUAAAUUUUACCUCAACUGAAUUCUCGCAAAUGGUCACCAGAUGACGAACUCAUGAAAUACCAAAUCGCAGGGUAGGAGAUAUAUUUUAUUCACAAAGACUCGACCUUGUUUGAGGCCAGUGAUAAUGCAGACAUGCGUUUCCUUUUUUACACCAAAAAUAAGAAGCUGGUCUUCUAAACUGCCAGUGUGGCAAUAUUCUCUAAAACAGGUACAAAUAAUUAAUACUCAUACGUUCUUACCUUUGCACUGGUUUGUGGCAAUUUUAAACAUUUUUAAUACUAUGUCGCACCGAAUUGUCAAUGUGGUUGCACAGCACUACUUUCACCGUUUUUAAUAUCUUCACGUUAUAACAAGAACUUUGUCGAUCUUAAAGCCAUGGUGGGAUUUUACAUAAAGUUGUAUCAACUGUAAUGUGUGCUCAAACUCUAAAUUCUUAUACUAAGGAGUUCAUUCACAGUUUUGUGCACAAAAAUUAAACCAAAGAACAGUUGGAAGCAGAGAGUUCACUCACGAUUCUUCUUUCUAUCAAACUCUUCAAAUUACUUAAUCGUGAUGCAGCAGAACUGAUAUGUAUAGGCUGCUCCUUAACACUUCUUUCUAAUUGAACGACGAUCUCAAAAAAAA